ACAGGCGAAAUGCCGUUUUACUGCCACGUCUGUCGGACUCUGCAGCAGCAGCAGCGGCGGAGGCUGGUCGGAGCACCGGGAUGAGACGGUGCUGGGUGAUUGUAGGGUGGAAAUGAGAGGCGGGAGUAACUGAGGAAACACAGAGAAGCGGAAGGAAAAAGGAAACACGUAGCUCCGCUCCACUCAGCACAUCACAACACUCCCCUCACCGAGAAGGACUCGUGCGCAGCUCCGGCUUCAAGGAGGGACCACUGCCUUCAGGAGGAUCCUUUCUGCUGGAGAUCUUUUGUUUUACAUCGGCGUCGUAGGCAUUGCUUCUCCCGUGCUUUUGAUUCAGGCGAAGGGGGAACACCCAUGCUAAGCUCAGGGAGAAUGGAGGAAUUCGUAACCGAAGAGGAAGAGCCGUGGUACGACCAGCAGGACCUGGAGCAGGAUCUCCACCUGGCAGCAGAGCUUGGAAAGACUCUACUGGAGAGGAACAAAGAGCUGGAGGACUCUCUGCAGCAGAUGUACAUCACUAAUGAAGAGCAAGUGCAAGAGAUUGAGUACCUGACAAAGCAGCUGGAGGUUCUUCGGGAUAUGAACGAGCAACAUGCCAAAGUGUACGAGCAACUGGACGGCACAGCCAGAGAGUUGGAACAUACCAACCAUGCUUUGGUAAUGGACAGCAAAGCCUCGCAGCAAAAGAUUGAAAGGUUGACGGGGACGAUUGAUGCUUUGCAGAACCAGGUAGAUUCUCUGUCAGGGCAGGUGGACCAGCUUCACUCUAUGGAGCAGCUCAGAGUCAAACGGGAGAAGAGGGAGCGUCGUAAAACCAUCCACUCAUUUCCGUGCUUACGUGAGCUUUGCACAGCACCCAGCUAUGAGGAUGAGUUUGUGGUGGGCAGGGCGGAGAGCUUUACUGUAGAAGCAAAGCGUCAGCCAUUUGAAGAGGAAAACCAGCACCUGAGGGAGGCAGUGUCGGCUCUGCGAGCGGCUGUCCGGACUGAGAGAGGCCGGAGGGAAGGAGUGGAGAGGGAGUGCAACCUCCUGAUUGCAGAGUUCUCACGGCUGCAGACACGGGUGCAGGAUGCUGAGAGCUGCCAGGCAAGGGUACGGGAGCUGGAGGUGGAGCUGCAGGAGCUGCAGCAACUACGUCGUGCUCGGACUUUCCUGCUGAGUAGCGAGGACGACGGUGUGGCCCUCACCCAGACUGUCCUCAGCAUCACACCAGAAACCGACACGUUCCUGGAAGAAGAGGUGGUGGAAACCGGAGGAGGUGUGAGGGAGGAGAGCGAAGGCGGAGGAGGUGUUGGAGGUGAAGCGUUACCUGAUUCUAGCCCUGUGAGGAAGAGCUGCAGUGACACGGCUCUCAACGCCAUCGUGGCUCGGGAUGCGUCAGGCCGUAGAAGGGGAAGCUACGCCCUCCACGCUAACAGUGUGAGGAAGAGAGGGAUGUCCAUCCUCAGGGAGGUAGACGAGCAGUACCACGCCUUACUAGAGAAAUACGAAGAACUGCUGGGGAAGUGCAGGCGCCAUGAGGAGAGCCUGUGUCACGCCAGUGUCCAGACUUCCCGGCCUGUCUCCAGAGAUCCAUCCAUGAAGGACUGCGCAAUGGGCCCAACUCCAGUGCCUCCCCCCACACCCACCCAGUCACCCUCCACCCCUGAAGCUAUUGAGAGCAUCAGCAAGCAUGUGGAGGCGGUAGAUAAGCGCCUGGGGCAGAACACUCCAGAGUACAAAGCCCUCUUUAAAGAGAUCUUCUCUCGCAUCCAGAAGACAAAGAUGGACAUCAAAGCUACCAAAGCUGCUAAAGCUAGCAAAUCUGGCAAAUCUGGUAAAUCUGGUAAAUCCAGUAAACACUAAAUCAGCUCGAUAGAAGAUGAGUUAUGAAAGUGCUUGAGUUUGUAAACGUGGGCUGCUGGUGGAAACACUUUAAUAGAGGGUGCUACUUUAAAAAAAAAAAACAAAACAAGAAAGCUAAACUACAGUGCAGAUCAGGCAAACUGAGGUCAGAUCACUUUUUAUUCAAAAGUAAAACUAAUAAUCAGAUCUAACUUGCAUGUGGUCAGUUUUAAAACUUGUCUCUCCAACAAAUUUUUCAAGUUCAUUCUUAGCAUACACUAUUACAUUAACACAGCUGGAACAGUAUGCUUCUCCCGAAACCAUUGUCACUAAAAACAAGGGGUGGGACUGGAUUUAAAAAAAAAGAUCAAAUUAAUUAGAGGCUUAAUUAGAACUCAAGCUCUAGUAAUGUCUGGAAAAAUUGUAGGAAAAGAAAUAGAAGAUAUCCUUGGCCAAAAAUGAACAGACCCUAAGUUAAGGUGUCAUUUUAAGUACUUCAGCUCCAGCUGUUCUCUAGUUAAAAGUCUAUAAAAUCUUCACUACUUUUAACUUUUUAAAUGUUGUUGUCCACACUCUUCAUCACAUCGCAUUAAUAUGUGUCUGUAAGCCAGACAAGGAUCAGCCAGCAGCUUUGAGUCUGGUCAUGGAGCAGGGAGCUGGAGGCUGGGACUGAUGUCGCGUGAGGACCGAGCCUCUUGUGAGUGCUUUUGGACGGGGGAGGGGCCUGCGGCAGCACUUGCCGCUCAUUGAGAAGAAUAGAUGAAACAUUUUCACGUCAGUCUCCCAAAGUCUCCAGUAUUACCAGAUAAAGUGUCUAGAUUUGUAGUUUUUGUUAAACCAAAUCCCUAGAGGGGUCUGAAAACUCGCUAAAUGUCGCGCCAAAGUCGCUUAGUAGUCAACAAUGCGUUAUCCGAGUGCCGAUGUGUGUACCAGGAAAUUGUGCACGUUGUUUUGAAAACUAUGAGUUUUUUUUUUUUAACAUGUUAAGUUUUUUUAUAAUUAAUUAAUCAUACUUAAUUUGUUAAAGUCCCACCCUUACUAAAAACAUUUGAAAAUCUCUUCUCUGAGGCAUCAAAACCUAAAUUUAGUGUUAAGUAUACCUGUGUUGUUCACAUUAAAGGAUCCUACUAACAUUUCUUUAUAGGCUAUUCUCUCGCCUGUUAAGCUACAGUGCUUUUUGUCUUUAAAAUAACCUGAAGGUGCUAACAGUUCUCUUUCCGCUACUAAAAACAUCAACACUGCUAGUAAUUUAAUGAAGCCCUUUUGUCGGGAUCUGGUAUCUAUGGGGUGAAAUUUAUUGUCAAAUUCAAAUCUAAGUCAGCAUAUUUUUUCACAACUGACUGUGGGCUAUCAAAGAAAUGCUUUUUGGGCUAAACACUAGUUACGCAAUCGUAUUUGUUUUAAACGAGCCAUUGAGCUUUUCUUUUCCUGCGUUCAUUCAUAUAAAACCUCAUCUAACUGAAACAACUAAAUAAAUUCCUGCUAAAUGCAACACACAGACAUACCUUUCAAAGCAAAGAAAAAACAAUGUCUACAUGUUUUUUUAACAACUAAAAUUAUGUUUUAUUGCAAGCUAAUGUCAGUGUUAGCUCAUGAUCUUUCCAUGUUCUAAUGAUUUCUUAUUAUUCUCACUUGCUCAUAUUUCUCAAAACUGUAUGGAUGCUUAAAAUCAACAUUGUCAUUUCAAAAUGUUUGAAUCUAAACUGAUUCAAUAGUAAAAUUACUUCUAAAUGUUCUUGUGGACUUGAAUCUAUCGAUGACAUUUUUCUCUGAGGUUCUCCUGGUACUAGUUGUGUUGAAAAACUAGGUUGUUGUCUCUGAAGUCAUUGCAGUGCGAGCAUGUUUAGGUACUACAGAAAACAUCCUCGCACUAUUGUAAGGCUGAGAGUGUGGCUGCUCUUUUACCUCACUUUCUUGUAGACAAGCAGCUCCAUCAUAAGCAUAAUUGUUCGCAUCUGAUUAAUUUUAAGAACAUGGAUAAAAAGUAUGAAUGGAAGACUUUUGUUAAGGGGGGGCUGGAGAGCCUGUACAGUCCAUUUCAUACUUGGGAAAUGGCAAAACAAACACUACAAACUACACUGUGUAAUACUACUUGCAUAAGUGCGUUACUAAAAUGAAGCCUUACCAGUGUACAGUUCUCAGCUAGUAAUGUCACUGAUUUUGCACAGUGCUGUAUGCCAGGUACAAGGACCAGAAAACCCUUUUUAGAAGACCUUUAAAAAAACCUCAGUAACUAUUGCUUAAGACCACUUUAAUGUAUUAAAAGAAAGUCUGGCUUUUUUUAAGUUAAAUGUUAAGAUGAUAUGAUAUGAUGAUAUUAAGAUGGUUACCUUAAAUCUUAUGCUCAGUACUGUAAAAUCAAAAUAAAUUAAUUAUUUUAGAAAUAGUAUACGUUCACCCUGCAGGGGAAUCACAAACUACAUUUAAUUUCACUCACAUUCAUUCAACAUUAGCAACAAAUCAGGCCUAAAAUCAUGGUUGGCAGGAUGAAAGUCUUAUCUAAGCAAACUCAUAUUUAGUGUUUAAACUGUAAGAUUGUUACACAAACAACAAUUUAUUGCACCAUUUCCCUGUUAUUCACAGUGUGUAGAUCUUCUGAGAGUCAAGUGAAAUUGUCCUUAACUGUAAAAUAUAAGGAAAUGAACUUCCUUUGUAUACUUACCUGAGAUUUAAGUCUUUCAAAUAUUUAAUGUAAAGAAAUAAUUCAUAAAGUGUGAUGGGUUUUGAAUUAUCUAAUUAUUAAUUAUGAUUAUCCCAGUAAAUGCUACAAAGCUGCUGUCAUAGAGACCAGUUGCAAAGGACAAUCUCUGCUGAUAGUUGUUUUCACAGUUUCUGGGCAUUAUAAACACUCAUCGUGAAAAAGCGUGUGAAUGUUCCUGUGAAAGCAUGUGAAGUUUGAGGAACCAGUUUUCUUUCACCAACCAACAGCUAAAAUGAUGAGGAAGAAAGUAUGAAAGACGUUAUUGUCAAUGGUGGUACAGUUUGAAAAAUAAAGAAGAUUGCUUGUUGAACCUUUUUAAAUAUCCUGUAGAGUUUUUUUUAAAUACAAGUUUUCUUUAAUCAAAGUUUAUCAGACACACUGUGCAGUUUGUAACCAGUAUCCAGGGCUUUGUCUAACACCUAGCAGUCUUACAAAACUACACAGCUAACUUAUUGCACCUUUUUUCACAAUCUACAAUAACGAUGCCUUUUUUCUGGGUAACCUCCUAUAUAUAAAGCUUUCUUAUAAUGAAUGUUAUUGCAGCUGAUAUUUUAUAACCAGGUCUUCAGUAACAUUGACCAAGCUUGAAACCCGAAGGAUCCAUUCAAGAAAAAGGCUGAACUGUGUUGCAGAUAAAAACUUAAGUUACAGUUUGAGCAAUUAAAUUACAGGAGAAAACUGUGGUUUAUGUGAGCUUAUUGCUUGUGUCUUUGUAAUGGAUUAAGCAUAAGGAGAGACUAAAUAUAAGUUAGUAUAGAUAAAACAACACCAAACCAGAGCCUGUUAUUAUCUUUGUAAAGGCUCAUACGGUUUCUGUACUGUACCAUCUUACCUAUUGCACUUGAAAAGGUCUCAUCUUUUGCAUAUUUAGAAUAGCUAAUCUGAAACUGUACCUGUGUGUUUUCAUCUCUGUGUGAAUGUUUACUUUCUUUUUAAUGUGUUCAGUGCCUAAAUGUGAAUGUCAAUAACAUAUUGUAAGAAUAAACCUGUUUAAUUUGCAUUGCUUUUAUUACCCAUUUUAAGUGUGUACAUGAUUAGUUAAUAGGAGCUAAUAAUUUUUAUUUCUUAUUAGUUUUUAGUUCAUAAGAACUAAUAAUGUCAUUAAAGUUUAGUCUGGUCUGUUAUUAAGUUGAUAUCAUGACUGAACAACUACCUACUUUACGAUGUUAAUAAAGCAUUCAU